AUGGCCGGCCUAGCAGCUGGUUUCAGCUCUUCGCCUCCUGGCCGGGGCUUCGACGACGACGACGACGACGAGCUGGCCCGCGACACGAUUCCCUGCUCACCCUACGCUACGCAAGCAACCCAGGUGAUCAAUCGAACAUCCCUGCUUCCCAAACACACUGAGGCGCCCUCAUCGCCUCUUGCAUCGAGCGUCGUCGAGGUCCCCGCGUCUUCUCCCUUCCAGCCGAAGCCUUCCAAGGCGCCAUUUGCGACCCGCCUCGCGCCUGCGGGCACACUCUUUCGGCCUCCUCCCCAACUGCCGCGGGGCAUUAAACGCCCAGCUGCCGAACCGAUCAUGAUUUCGUCCGAUGACGAGAAGAGCCCUUCGAGGGGCGACAUCCAGCCGACAGCCUUCAAGAAGCGCAUGACCGCCUUUCACUACGAACCGACGGAAAGGAUCGACAAGCUGGAGAAAAUGACGGCCUUGACGGAGCAGGUUUCUACCGCAACUGGUCAGAGCUUCCCGUCUCGCGCUUGUCGCGAGGCUCUCAUGGCUUGCCAUAAUAACGUUUCUGAUGCAGUGAACUACCUCUAUGAAGGCAAGCACCUGCAGAAGGAAAAGAAGCACGGAGCCACCUCGGCGCCGCUGUCUGCCGCCUCGACGAACCCGCUCAAGUCGAAGCCGUCGCUCGCUGCUAAGGGCAACGGUGCCGACUUCUACCAGACACCGAACCUCAGCCCUCGAACACCGAGCCCGGCGAAGCAGGCGAAGCCUCGACGACGUCUCGUGCAGGGCCGUCGCCCGAACCGAUCGCCCUCGCCCCCGACGUCGCAACCAGUGCCGGAGGCGCGGGAGGUCAUCAAUGUGGACGAUGAAGUGGAUGAGAUUGCCGAGGACAGGAUUGUCAUUGCAGAUGACAAGGACGACGACUACGACAACGAGGACGACCUGAUGGAGGCUACCGUCAAGGAGAGCCUCUAUGACAAGGCUCUUAACACCAUCAACAAUAGUUCGAUCGACGAUCUCUCGGCCAUGACCAACCUCAAGCAGGACGAACUACAAAUUAUCGCCACGAAACGCCCUUUCCACGAUAUUGACCAGGUCGAGCGUGUCACGGCGGCCAAAAAGUCCAAUGGGCGCAAGUCAAACAAGGCGGCCAUUGGCGAACUCCUCGUCGAGGCCAUCAUGGAGUUCACCAAGGCGGUCAAUGCAAUCGACACCGUCGUCGCUGAGUGUGAGAAGAAGGCUGUCCGGGUGAAGAGUGAGAUGAGUAUGUGGGACAUCGACUUGAAAGGCCACGCACGAAGUGGAACGACUUCUCAGACAGACAGCGACGAUCUUCCCAUGACGCCCAACAGCUCCAAGGGUCAGAAGUACUCGCCACCACCGAUCCCUCGCCAGCCGGCCUUGUUGGAAGGCCACUGCACUAUGCGCCCUUUCCAGCUGUACGGCCUCAAUUGGAUGUCAGUUUUGUACAACAGCGGCUACGGAUGCAUCCUGGCCGAUGAGAUGGGCCUGGGCAAAACGUGCCAGGUCAUCUCCCUCAUGGCCCACCUUGUCGAGAGUUAUGACGAGGAGAAGGACGAGAAGCGGCCGUGGCCGAAUCUGAUUGUCGUCCCACCUUCCACGCUGUCCAACUGGGAGGUUGAGUUUGAAAAGUUUGCCCCCGACCUGUCCGUCUUGACGUACAAGGGCUCGCAGUCUGAUCGCGCCAUGAUCGCCGAAGACAUGUUAAGCGCACCCGAGGAGUAUCACGUCGUUCUCACGAGCUACACACAGGUCGGCAAGGAAGAAGACAUCGACGCCCUCAUGGAGCUACGUCCCAAUGCCGCCAUCUUCGACGAGGGUCACAAGAUGAAGAACCCCAAGACGAAGAUCUACAAAGACCUCAUCCGCAUCAAGGCGGACUGGCGCAUGCUCCUCACGGGCACGCCUGUGCAGAAUAACCUCAUGGAGAUGCUGUCGCUUCUCAACUUUAUCGACCCCAAGAUGUUCAAGGGUCACAUGGAACACCUGCAAUACAUGUUCAGCCAGAAGGUCACGACGAGGGACGUGAACAACGGGGCUUUCCUGUACAAACGGAGCGUGUCAGCCGGGGACCGGACGAUUUCUAGAAGCUGUUCCUUCCUGCAGCGGCGCAAGCAGCAGGUUCUGUCGGGCAUGCCGAACAAAGACGUGCAACGUCGACUACUGCGAGCUGCCGCCUCGCAGAAGGCGCUGUACGAUGAGCUCGAGACCAUGUUCAAGUCGGGGCCGUCGGAGCUGCAGCAGCCGAACAUGGAGCACCUCAUCGGGGAGCUGAAGAACUGCUCGGACUUUGAGCUGCACCUGUGGUGCCGCGACUACAAGUGCCUCGAGGGCUUCGACCUGCCAGAGGGCUCGUGGAUGGAGAGCGGCAAGGUGACCAAGAUGCUGGAGCUCAUCCACCAGUACCAGGCGAACGGGGACCGCGUGCUCGUGUUCAGCAAGUUCGCCAAGGUGAUUGAGAUUCUGCGCGAGGUGCUGCACACGGACGGGAUCAAGCACUGCGUGCUGUACGGCGCGACGUCGGUCGAGGAGCGGCAGGGGCUCAUCAACGAGUUCAACGAGAACACGGACAUUCCCGUGUUCCUGCUGACGACGGGGGCGGGCGGCACGGGCAUCAACCUGACGUCGGCCAACAAGGUCAUCAUCUUUGACCAGUCGGACAAUCCGCAAGACGACAUCCAGGCGGAGAACCGCGCGCACCGACUGGGCCAGACGCGGGAUGUCGAGGUGAUCCGGCUGCUGACGAGGCGGACGAUUGAGGAGCUCAUCUUCAAGGCGUGCGAGAAGAAGAUUGAGCUGGCGAACAAGGUGACGGGGGCGGUGGAGGACCUGGGGACGAACGCCGAGAUCAACCUCGAGAAGGAGGUGCGCAGGAUGCUGGCGGACCAGCUGACGCCGCCAUGA